UGUGCAGAUGGAAUCACCCGUGAGACGUGAAGGUUUGCUCGUCGAGAGACACCGGUGUGGCGCCUGCCACAAAGUCUCCGAUGCCAAAGUUAGGAUCACAGUUAAACACAAUAAAGAAAUAAUAGAUAGUUUCAGAGUAUUUUUUGCAUAUAUCCUCCUCUGUUGGUUGUGUGAGAGUUUUAUACCUGAGCCCAUAAGGGCUAGCCGUUGAGGCUGUUAAUGCUUUCUUUUGUAACGCACCUGGCCAGUAAUGAGACUUUUAAUAGGCCUUCCAACGGUCUUCUUGGUUGAUUUGGUAACUGCUCGGAUCAUUGAUUGAUCGCAUUGAAUAACUCUUUGCCUCGUCAGUGAUGAUGGCUUCCUUCGUUGUUUCUGAUCACUUCGUCCUGGAUGAUUCUACCGUCAGUAAUGUUAUCUUCGUCAGUGGGAUGUAGAGUCGUCAUUCCCGUCAGUUGCCCCCCAGGUUCUGGGGUCGUCGGUGACCUGUCAUGACGAUCACAGAAGCUGAAAAGUUUUUCUUGUGACUCUUGGGGUUCUGUUCCGCCUUUAAUGCUUAGUGGCGGCGUUACACGCAAUCGUGGCCACGUGGCGCUUGAUGGUCUGUGGAAUUAAUGGCAUGACCCUUGGGUUUCCCGCUGGUUUUUCAAUCGUUUUUGGCCCACAUUUAAAACUUCUCCUUUUCAACUUUUCGUUUAUUUCUCAGAGAGCAAAAGCAAACCAGUUUUUUUAGAGAUACUCUGAAUAUUUUGUGGCUUCCUUCUUCUCCGAUUUGCCUUGUGCUGCUUCUGCCGUUCCGCCAUUGGAGGUAUGUUCUUCUUCCCUUUUUCUUUCUUCUUUUUCUUCUUUUACUGUAUAAUUUCUGAUUUGCUAUUCCCUUUUCGCUUCUAUUCUGGUGUUGGCUUUUGUUUUUCUUUUGGGGUUUCAGUUUCGUACCUUGUUUUCCUUUUGAUUUCUGUAUCUUCCAUGGUUGAUAGCUUAGAGGUUAGGAUAGCUUGCCCGUCGAUCUCCUUCCUUUUUGCGCGUCUAGGGGGGUCUUUGGGUACUUACCCUUUUUUAGAAAAUUUUGUGUACGAAGGCAAUAGUCUGAGCGUCGUUUUGAGUGAGUUGUUACCGUUGCUCCGUCAAUCGCUAAAUUGGUUUGAGGGUUUAGGAGGGAGAAGAUUAAUGUCUGAGGUUAGGUCUAGUGACCUCGAGACUGGGCUGUCGUCCAGUGGUGGCCCGGCUGAAGGAGAUACCGCCGUCUCUGGUUCUCGAGAGGUUAGGGCUUUUUAUGCCCUUAGGGAGAUUUGUGGUCUGGAUGACGAGACCGUGAAUAGAUUUAAGGAUAGGUUUCAAUUUCCGUCUAGGGUUCGUGUUCGUCGUCCCAGGGAAGAAGAUAGGGCUUGUCACUUCUUUCCAGGCGAAAUAUGUUUUUAUGAGUCAGCCUUCACCUGUGGGCUUAGGUUCCCCGUCCACCCGUUCCUGAUGGAACUUUUAGAUCAUUUUGGUAUAGCCCCUGGACAGCUCAUGCCAAACUCGUGGAGGAUCGUCAUUAACUGUAUGCAAAUAUGGUUGGCCUCCAACGGGGAUAUGAUCAGGAUAGGUGAGCUCACCUACCUGUAUCGUUUGAAAGAGUCUAAAGAGUGGGGAUAUUACGAAUUAGUCCCUUGGGAGAGAAAGAUUAGGAUCGUCAAGGGAUUGCCUUCGUCAUUCAGGUAUUGGAAGUCGCGCUUUUUCUUUGUGUCUGGGGACGAUUUCGAGACCCAAUCUAGCAGUGAUUGGGGUGAUAUCCCGAGGUUGCUCCGUCGGUGGGGAACCCCGACCUUAGUUAAGAGACGGCCUGGGCUGAAGAGACGAUAUAAGGAACGCAUAGAGACCGCCAUCGGGUACGCUGAGACGAUUGAGAGCUGGGACGAGCUGGUUGACCCUCGAUCUCUUGCGUUUUACAACCUUGGUCCUGACCCAUCUCCUUUCGUUCUUCGUCAGCUUGGCAUUGAAGGAAAAAAGAAGAUGACGACCAAGUUUAACAAGGACAUGUAUGCAAAGAUGAGGUCAAAGAAGGACGAACCCCUGUCCAAUUUGGGGAAGAAGACCGUGCGAGUUACCGGGAAGGGUUCUGCCUCCAUCCCGCUCAGCAUUGUUCCUUCCAUAGCCUCUGAAACGACGAGGACUGCCUCCCCGACCGUUUCAAUAGAAGAGAUUCCUACUCCUGGCUCUAAAAGGCCGCGCGUGGUUGGCAAAGGAAAGGAGAAGACUGAUACUCGUCCGUCCACCAUAUGGGAUGACGAGUCAUUGGCUGUGGAAAGAGCUCACGAGGUCGUUACUUCAGCGGACUUGAAGGCUCUAUCUGACUUGUCCUUAAACGAUGUGGCUUCUCGUCACGUCCACAAACUGGUCCAGGUGUUGGGAGAGAGUAUCCAUAUCACUGCUGAGUACCUCACUCAAGGGGCCAAGGUAGCGUCUCUGGCAACCCGGAUGGAGGCUCAGGAGAAGGAGAAUUCAGACCUGAGGACGAACCUGAUCACUUCUAUGGACGAGGCCACGACAUUGAAGGAGAAGGUCAAGGUGCUGGAGGACGACCUCAGAGUUGAGCGCGCGUUGACUCAGGAGAAGGACGAGCAACUUCUGGCAGCCAAGGAGAAACUAGUGACCAUCGCCGCUCGCUCCGUGGAGGCUUUCCAGACCACUGACGAGUACAAUACCGUGCUCUUCAGCUGGUAUUUUAAAGGAUUUGAGCUUCUCCGGAGGUACAUGGUCAAGCAUCCUUCUGGAGUCAAUCUGGAGAGCCUGGAUUUGGAGGAGGUGGACAAGGAAAUGGCCCUGGAGGAGGCGGCUUCGUCCUCUGCCCCCGGUGAUGAUGCUCCCGAACCUGUUGCUGACGUGCCGGCCAGUGAAGGCACAGCUGAUGCUUGACUCUACAUACUUAGAAAUUUUUCUUUUUUUUUUUUUUUUUUUUU